CUGGGCCUGCCUCCUCCUGGGGUUCAUCCUCCGGGGCGUGGCAGAGGCUGGGUGCGCCAGGCCUCUGAGGCAUGGUCAUAAAGAGGGGGCAGACCCCCAUCUGGCCUGGCUGCCACACACAGGACUCAGACCCCACCUGGCCCAGCUGCCAUGCAAAUGACUCAGAUCCUCGCCUGGCACCCUUGCUGUGCAAACAGCUCCACUCCCGGCUUCAGGUUGCUGCAGAGCAAAGGGUGGAUUUACGCUGCCCUCCUGCCAAUGAUUCAGGCCUCAAACGGGCACAUCAGCCCUGCAGACCACUAACCCUCCCCCUCACCCAGGGGCUCCGGCAGCCAGGAAAGCCCAGGGGUGGAACCGGGGCUGCUCCGCAGGGAUCCUCUCCCUCCCCAGCCGCGUGUGCCCAUUUGUGAAUGAAUCCCAGCUGCGCGCCGAGGCCGCCCCCAGCCUGGCCCGGCCCGCGCUCGGCCGGGAAGGGUGCCCGUCAGGCAGCAGGGGCGUGGGGCCAGGCUCCGCAGGGGAAGAUGCAAGCGGGAAGCGGGAAGGCAGGAGAGCCUGGGCGGGUAGCGACACGUCCCGGGCAGGGCAGCGCGGGGCCAGGGCUGAGCCGCGGUUCUGGUGCCCAGCCGGCGCCGGACGCCCCGGGGAGCCGGGCUCCAGGGGAUGCCCCGGCGGGGGCCGGCCCGGCGGCCGUGGCCCCCUCGCAGGUGCUGAAGGAGGGGCUGCUGGAGAAGCGCAGCGGGGGGCUGCUGCAGCGCUGGAAGAGGAAGCGCUGCCUGCUGACCGAGGAGGGGCUGCGGCUCUUCGAGCCCGGCGGCUCCCGCGGCAAGGAGCUCGGCUUCGCCCGCAUGCGGGCGGUGGAGUGCGUGGAGUGGAAGCGGCGGCACGUCUACUUCACCGUGGUGACCGAGGGCGGCGGCGAGAUCGACUUCCGCGGCCCGCGGGAGGAGCCCGGCUGGAGCGCGGAGAUCGGGCUGGGGCUGGUGCGGUUCCAGAACCGCCGGGCCAUGCAGAGCGUGCGGGCCCGGCGCGGCGGCGGGGCGGCCAUCCAGAACGACACAGCCCCGAGCGGCCAGGCCACAAACCCGGAGGGACACAAGGGAAGGACGGGGAUGCUGGAGGGGCGCUCGCUCGCUGGUGAGGAAAACGGAGUCCCUGGCUGUGAGUGAAAGAGGGGCCCUGGCUUCGAGAGGGACAGCAGGCGUUUCAGCGCCAAAGGCCCGAUGAGCCUGGACCACGUCUGCCACUAGCUGCUGCGAACCUCCCCCCGUCCCUGCUGGGCCAUAGGCUGCUGCCCCGGUCUCCAAGCGCUCCGUAUAGCUUGGCCCAGGGAUCUGGGGCCCACUGGUCCAGUCAAGGGCCUGCUGGAGAGGUAGGAAGAGGAGCACGCAGCGGGAUAAAAGCCCAGGAUGACGGCAAGAACCAAAGCAAGAUUGUUUCACGCCUCAUCAGCCUGCUGCUGGCUGGACACCAGAAGGGACUCGACUGGGCUAGUGGGCCGGGGAGCCCAUCCCGCACGCUGGACCUGCCAUGUCCCUGCUGCCCAGGCUCAGCCAGGCAUCUUCGUGAUCCAGAGGUGCAUCCCUUCCGUCUCAUGGUGACAAGCUGCCCCGUAGCUGAGCCGGCUGGGGCCGUGAUGAACUGGAAGUCGGCUGCCCUAUGUCUCUUCUCCUUAGACUGAUCCUGCGGGCUGGAGUAACUGGAGAUCCAAGCUGAAGAUGCAAAAUUUCAGCAUCCAGAGAAUUAGCCUGGUGGGAUGCCAGGGUGUAGGUGGGGGUGGCUCCCCAGUUUGGCUGGGACCUGUGUGAUGACAGGCUUCAGCGAGAAGGUGUGAGCCUGUCUCGACCGGUGACCUGUCUGGACAGAGGGGUUGUGAGGACAGCCCUGAAUGAAUUCCUCCCUUUGUAACAGACGGUGCAAGCGCUCACAUGCCCUGCCCCACUGGGUCAGACCGGCUCCCCUGCCAGGAUGGGGAGUCUCUGCUGUUGGUGUGUUGGGACAAUCGACAAUGCGGGCCCCUGGGUCACCGAAGCAAAGGGUGGUUUGUGUCUGGAACGCUUUGGUCAUCAGACGGUGCCCAUUCCGCACUCUGCUGCUUCCUGGUUUGCAUCUUCACCUUGUUGGGGUCGGGGCAGUUCCCCCUGUGCACAGAUCUGCCGAUGCCCCUCAGUCCUGAUUCGCAGCCCCCUGCUAUUCCAGCCGGGGGCUCCCCCACAUACAGCUCUGCCAAUGCCCCUCAAUCCUGACCUGCAGCCCUCUGCUUUUCCGGCCCUGGGCUCCCCCCACACCACAGAUCUGCCCCAGCCCCGGUUUUGCACCCUGCUGCGCCCAUCCUGGGCCUCCAUGCGAAUGCCAAGCUGAGUGGUAAUUUUGUGACAGGGACCAAUAAACGUUACAGGGAUGUAAAUGUUA